AUGGACAUCAAUGGGGCAUCGCAACAGCCCGUGGAGCUACAAAGCCCUUCUCUAAGUCUACUCAGGGCUAUGAGCCUCGGUGCUGACUUGGGCAUCGAACUCACCUGCUUAUCGAGGGCGCAAUUGUCCCGUGGUGCUUGUCCCCAUAGCGCGGCUUCUACGAGCGUUUAUGCGCAUACAAAGUCUACUAGAGGCGCAACUUUAUUAUGCUUCAACACGGUUCGGAAACCUCCGUGGCACCGCGACGUUGCCUACGAUUUGGAGCUUACGCUUUCGCUUUCCGGUCGUAUACAUGAAUUCGCCCAAGGGCUACAUGCCUUCAAUUUGCAUUCGGUACUCCAGAAUCCAUCCCUUCCGCUCCAAUUGUGUUUCGACGAUCUUCUCUCCCAGUUGACCGCCCAUCUGACUUUCUGCUACCCAUCUUGGUUUGGGGGGCACGCCAAGACUCUACGCAAAAACACAGAGUACCUUGAUUCGAUUCUGACUUCUCUUUCGCGUAUCUUUGAUCGUAGUGCGGAUUAUGGCCUAAAACAACAAGCUAAGUCGCACCAGUUGAGGCUCCUCGAGAAUGUGCGGUCACGGCUGCAGAAUCAAGCGGAACUUUCAAAUUCGACUGGAUCUUCUAUCGAAGACCCGGUUGCAGUAGCUGAAGAAAGUACCAACGGGCUGGCUCACAGCAUCAACCAGGACAUGUGCUGUAUUUGGUUGCGGCUUCAACCAUCAGAGAAGCAAGGAAACCUAUCGACACUAGUACCAGAUACCGAUGAGUUGGAGAUCCAUGAGGAUCUAUCCGAGUUCCCUAUAGAGGAUGAGAAUUCGUGCGGAGACCCAAUGAUUGAGAUUGUCACUGAUUCAGACGAGGAGUUUAACUUGCCUUGGGAAUAUUGUUCACCAAACCCAACUCAAACCAUAUUGGACACAGAAUCACCUGGUUCUUCUGGUUCAGGCUCGAUUCAUUCUAGCAAAUCACAGCAUCGCUAG